UGACGCCGUAUGUUUUUCUUAAAAUAUCUGUGUUCGUACGUUGUUGGGGUUCGUCAACCGUGCGCGAUCGGCGCCGUAAUCGGCAGUGGAAAUGAUGAACUCCAGUGUCGACCUGUCCCGGCGGAAUCCGCAGGAGGAUUUCGAGCUGAUCCAGAGGAUAGGAAGCGGCACAUACGGAGAUGUGUACAAGGCUCGUAAUGUUAACACAGGAGAGCUGGCUGCUAUCAAAGUCAUCAAACUGGAACCGGGUGAGGACUUUGCUGUCGUCCAGCAGGAGAUUAUAAUGAUGAAGGACUGUAAACACUCCAACAUUGUUGCCUAUUUUGGCAGUUAUCUCCGGAGAGAUAAGUUAUGGAUCAGUAUGGAGUACUGUGGAGGAGGUUCUCUGCAGGACAUCUAUCACGUAACCGGGCCCUUGUCAGAGUCACAGAUAGCCUACAUGUCACGGGAGACCCUGCAGGGUUUAUACUAUCUACACAACAAAGGCAAAAUGCACAGAGACAUCAAGGGAGCCAACAUCCUCCUGACAGACAACGGCUACGUUAAACUAGCUGACUUUGGUGUAUCGGCCCAGAUCACAGCAACUCUUGCCAAGAGGAAGUCAUUCAUUGGAACUCCUUACUGGAUGGCUCCAGAGGUUGCAGCAGUGGAGAGGAAAGGAGGUUACAACCAGCUGUGUGAUAUCUGGGCUGUGGGCAUUACUGCAAUAGAGCUGGCUGAACUACAACCACCCAUGUUUGACUUGCACCCCAUGAGGGCUCUGUUCUUAAUGACCAAGAGUAAUUUCCAGCCUCCUAAGUUGAAAGAUAAACUCAAAUGGACAAAUAACUUCCACCAUUUUGUCAAACUCGCCCUGACCAAGAACCCAAAGAAGAGGCCCACGGCUGAGAAACUCCUGCAGCACCCUUUUGUGUCGCAGCCGCUCAGCAGGACGCUGGCAAUCGAGCUGCUGGACAAAGCCAACAACCCCGACCACAGCACCUACAACGACUUUGAUGAUGACGACCCUGAACCCGAGUCUCCGGUCUCGGUUCCUCAUCGUAUUCGUUCCACCAGCAGGAGCACAAGGGAAGGAAAGACGCUGUCUGAGAUAAACUUUGGUCAGGUGAAGUUUGAUCCUCCAUUGAGGAAGGAGACGGAACCCCAUCAUGAGCCGGACCUGCAGUUGGAGUACGGGCAUGAUUCACCAAGUCUGCUGGGAGGAAACAAGAGUCUUCUCAAGUCUGUGGAGGAAGAGCUUCAUCAGAGGGGCCAUGUGGCACACUUAGGGGAUGAUGAGGAUGAGGAUGAUGAUGGUGCAGAUGAUGAUGAAACUCACACUCAUAAAUCAAGCACUAUCAUGAGGCCAAAGGUCCCGCCCCCGCUUCCCCCCAAGCCCAAGUCCAUCUGCUCGUCCCAACAGCAGCAGCAGCAGCAACAAAAACAAGACGACAGCCAAUCACACAGCGAGGACGACGGCGGAGGGGGAGGGACCAUCAAACGCUGUCCGGUCCCAGAAACGCCGAGCCCGGCCAGGCCCGCCUCCAAUGUCCCCCCGCGGCCCCCGCCCCCGAAGCUGCCACCCCACCGCCGCAGUAGCCUAGGUAAUGGGCUGAACUCUCCACACAAUGGUGAGAGGGACAGUCCAGCAGACAGACAGUCCACCAUGCCCCCUAGUGUCCCCAUACGGAAAGACAAGAAGGAUGUUCCGAAGCCAAUCAGUAAUGGCCUCCCUCCUACACCCAAAGUCCAUAUGGGUGCGUGUUUCUCCAAGGUGUUCAACGGCUGUCCCCUGAAGAUCCACUGUGCCACCUCUUGGAUCAACCCCGACACCAGAGAUCAGUAUUUGAUAUUUGGAGCUGAGGAGGGGAUCUACACGUUAAACCUGAACGAGCUGCAUGAGACCACGAUGGAACAGCUCUUCCCUCGGCGGUGUACCUGGUUAUAUGUCAUGAACAAUUGUCUCCUUUCCAUAUCUGGAAAAGCCUCCCAGCUGUACUCCCAUAGUCUGAGCGGUCUGUUCGAACAGGCCAGACAGUUACAGAAGUUACCAGUAGCCAUUCCCACACACAAGCUGCCUGAUAAGAUGAUUCCCAGGAAGUUUGCUGUGUCCAAUAAAAUUCCAGACACUAAAGGGUGCCAAAAGUGCUGCGUAGUGCGUAACCCGUACACAGGCCAUAAGUACCUGUGUGGAGCCUUCCAGUCCAGUGUCAUGCUGUUGGAGUGGGUGGAGUCCAUGCAGAAGUUCAUGCUCAUCAAGAAUAUCGACUUCCCGUUACCGUGUCCAUUGGAGGUCUUUGAGAUGUUGGUGGUCCCGGAGCAGACCUACCCUCUGAUCUGUGUGGCGGUCAGUAAAGGCACCGAACUCAACCAGGUGGUCCGGUUCGGCACCGUCAACCCCAACUCUACCUCCUCCUGGUUCACAGAAGCAGACACACCACAGACGUGUGUGAUCCAUGUCACUCAGCUGGAGAGAGACACUAUCCUAGUCUGCCUCGACAGGUGUAUAAAGAUAGUGAACCUUCAGGGCCGGUUGAAAUCCAGCAGGAAGCUUUCAGCCGAGCUGACCUUCAACUUCCAGAUCGAAUCCAUAGUUUGUCUCCAAGACAGUGUCCUGGCCUUCUGGAGGCAUGGCAUGCAGGGACGGAGUUUCAAGACCAACGAGAUCACCCAGGAGAUCUCUGACAGCACACGCAUCUUCAGACUACUGGGAUCAGACAGAGUGGUGGUGCUGGAGAGCAGGCCUACAGACAACCCUACAGCCCACAGCAACCUCUACAUCCUGGCAGGCCAUGAAAACAGCUACUGA